AAUCAAUCCAGCACGGCCGUUUCGUCUAGGAGGCACGCCAGUAAGUCCACGCUUCGUUAUUCCAACGCCAUAUUAGUAUUGAUGAAUAUAGGGGCCAGGUGUGAUCAAGGCCUUUGAAAAGCUCUAGGGCACCGACUAACUACUUGUUUCGUUUGGCGGAAUGAGUCUCACCCUUCCUUCUUCCACCAGAGCUCCAGGUCAGCCCUGGCCUCACAUUGACCAGUCCCCUCACCGCACUGGGCUUCAGUGUGUACAAGGAAUCUUGAACUUCGCACCAAACGGACCAGAAGACGGCGGCCUUGUUGUGAUGAAAGGCUCGCAUGCCUUAUGCGAAGAGUUCUUCAGGGCUCAUGAUGUGACCGGACGUAAAACUUGGGGGCCCGACGAUUGGAUUGGGUUUGAAGAGUCUGAGACACAGUGGUUUGAGGAGAAAGGGUGUAAGGUCAUGAAAGUGUGCGCUGAGCCAGGCGACUUGAUAUUGUGGGACUCGAGGACAGUCCACUAUAAUGUCCGACCAAGAAGCCAGAACUUGCUUGCUUUGAUAUGACUCCUGUCUCGUAACAUGGACGCUUGCUACACGCCAGCAUCUUUCGCGACCGUUGAAGACUUCAAGAACAAGGCCAAACUUUUCCUAGAGAGGAAAGGAACGGUAAGUCAUUAUUAUCUGCGCAAUCUC